CCUGGAGCAGUAGCUUACCCGUAUCCAACACAGCUCGACUAUGGUAAUAUUGGUCCUUCACAGUCAUAUCCCACUACAUCCUCGCUUGGUCUGCCUUUGACACAUUUGAACGAGUCUGCUAAUCCUUCCGCGUUUGCAUAUACCAAUACCAUGGGUGGUGGAUCCAUCUCUGGGCUUUUUGAUGACUCCGUAGUACAUAGCACGACGGCGUCUUCUGCUCAUCCGAGCUCAAAGCAAUUGCUUCCUUUUAAUUCUUUUCAUUCGUUUGGAGUUGCUGAUCUGCUACCACUUGAUUCUAUCAGCAUAGCUCGUACAUCCUCUCAUCCUCUAACGGAUUGUCUGUCGUUGAACGACAUGUCACUCAACUUUGAUGCCAUUCAGUCUGCCACUAGUAUAGCACCAUCAGUGUCUAUUCCAUUGAUGAGUAAUUCUUCUGGCAACAGUAUUUGGGAUCUUGGACUAGAUCAAUUGGAUUCGAGCAUGAUUUGCUGUCCUCCUGGUCUUAAGGGUGAUGUGUGUGGUGGUAUAUCCGAGUGUUUAAAUGCCAAUCAUACAAAUUAUGUACACGCUACACCCAGUCCUGUAGAGUAUAUCAAAGAAGAUCUAAAUAGUUUACUUGUAGAAUUUUUUUCUAUUGAAUGAAUAUCAUUAGUUUAUUUGGCAUGC